AGCGCGCCAUAUCGAAAAUUCAAUUGCAUCAUUUUUCAUAUUAUUUUGACAUUUUUAUUAUGUGGAUUAUAAUCAUGGUUACAGUAUUAAAGUUUAGAAAGAUGUAAUAAUAAUUGAAUGCUGGAAUGCUAUUGUAAGCACAAUACAAUAAGUUGUACAAUGAAGAGAAUUGGAACAACCAUGUUUACUCUCGUUCUGUUCUCAAAUGAUUCUUGCGAGAAAUCGAUUAUACUUCUUGUCACUACCACAAGUUGUCGCCACUAUUGCACCAUUUGUGAUAGAUACUUUAGAAUUUUCUCUACAUUCAUAGGAUUUCAUAAUCAAUGAUUAACACUUGGCAUGCGGGCAACGUAUUUUUACGUUUAACGCAGUCUGUCACUGGAGCGCGGGUCACGUAAAAAUACGCAUUUAGUAAAUUUAUAAUGGAUAGCGAGUAACGUACAAUUACACACCAUACAAUGUCACACAUACAUGUAACAGUGUAUGUAAACAUAAAAAGAAAUUGCUACACAACGCUUUGUAUUGUUUCUUUCCACAAAUUUCACUUGUCGAAUUACUCGGUCUUUUGCUGAAUUACUUGGUCUUCAAUCGAAUUCCUAGCUCCAAAAUGUACAAUCGUGUUUUGUCAAUUUAAUGCUUGGUUUUUUAUUAUUGACUACACAAUUGAUAAAAUGAGCCGUUCUAACAAAAAUAUUGAUGAAGAAAUAUGCGCUGACAGAUUAUCGGACUUUUCAUAUGACAGUGAUUCUGAAAGUCUAGAUACUGCAGAAAGCGACAAUGAUGAAAUUAUUCCACGUUCUCAAGUAUUCAUCCAAAAAAGAAUUUCUAACAGUUCUGAAACAAUUUCUGAUGAAGUAACAGAUGAAUGGUCAUCGAUUGACAAUCCUCCAGUACUUGAAGAGUUUUUAGGUCAUCCUGGAAUAACUGAUAUGGCUAAUGUUCCUGAAUCCAUAGCUGAUGCAGUAAAGUUAUUUAUAGGUGACGAUUUUUUUGCAUAUUUAGUCACGGAAUCAAACAGAUAUUAUUAUCAAAAUAUGGAUCAGUUCAAAAUAUCUCGCAAAAGAAUGAAAUGGAGAGAUAUUACGAUUCCAGAGAUGAAGAAAUUUUUGGGACUUAUUAUUCUCAUGGGACAAGUUCGUAAAGACGCACGAGACGAUUAUUGGUCAACUGAUCCUUGCACAAGUACGCCGUUUUUUUCUAGAACAAUGUCAAGGGAUAGAUUUCGCCAAAUAUGGACAGCUUGGCAUUUCAAUAACAAUGAAAACAUUACAGACGAAUCUGACCGAUUAUACAAAGUCAGACCUAUACUAAAUUAUUUUUCUGAAAAAUUCAAUAACAUUUAUAAACCAAAACAACAAAUAUCGUUACAUGAGGGCAUAAUACCUUGGAGAGGACGAUUGUUUUUUAAAGUUUACAAUGCUGAAAACAUUAUAAAAUACGGCAUACUCAUAAGAAUAUUAUCUGAAAGUGACACUGGUUAUAUUUGUAAUUUUCAAGUAUAUGCAGCUCAAGGAUCACCGUUGAUCGAAACGAUAUACACAGUAGUUUCACCAUAUACUGAUGUCUGGCACCAUUUAUAUAUGGAUAAUUAUUACAACAGUGUCGAUAACACGGAAGCCCUUUUACAAAAAAAAAUACGAAUUUGCGGAACCGUAAGGAAGAAUAGAGGUCUACCGGAGUGCUUGAAAAAAACUAAUUUGAGAAAAGGAGAAUCAAUCUUUCGCAGAAAAAAAGAUAUAUUGGUACAAGUUUGGCAAUCUAAGAAAGAAGUUAGUCUCAUCUCUUCAAUCCAUUCCGCGGAAAUGAAAAAAAGUAGUAAUGUUGAUCGUACUACGAGAAAAAAAAUUAUAAUGCCAAAUGCUUUGAUCGACUACAACAAGUACAUGAAAGGAGUAGAUCGAGCCGAUCAGUAUUUGUCCUACUAUAGUAUUUUGCGUAAAACAGUGAAGUGGACAAAGCGUUUAACUAUGUAUAUAAUGAAUUGUGCAUUUUUCAAUGCAUAUGUAGUAUAUAAUUCGACAAAGAUGCAAAAAAUAAGAUUCAAGAAAUUUUUGCACGACACCGCACAGCAUUGGGUUACUGAUGAACUACCUGAAAUCAACACUGAUGAACUACCUGAAAUCAUCAUUGAAGAACCAGAGCAAAUGAUAUCAAAACGCGACCCUCCUGGAAGAUUAUCCAUGGAUAUGCGCAAACACGUAUUGGAGAAAAUUGUUGGUACAGGGAAGAAGAAAAAUCCACAGAGACAAUGUCGCGUGUGCGCAGCCAAGAAAGUGCGAAGUGAAACGUAUUUCAUGUGUAACUUCUGCGGGGUUCCACUUCACAGAGGAAAAUGCUUUGAACGGUACCACACUGUGAAGAAUUAUUAACGUGUUAUCAGUUAUAUUAUAUUAUAUUGUAUUGUACUUAUUA